AUGUCUGAAGACAAUCAUACCACGGUGACUAGCUUCAUUUUCACAGGAUUAACUGAUAGACCAGACCUGCAGCUUCCACUCUUUGUUGUCUUUUUAUUGAUUUAUGGGAUGACCCUGCUGGGCAAUCUAGGGUUGAUUUUAGUCAUUAGGUUUGACCCACAGCUGCACACCCCUAUGUACUUUCUCCUCAGUAACUUAUCCUUCCUGGAUGUCUGCUACUCUUCCACUGUCACUCCCAAUAUGCUGCUCAAUUUUUUGGCAGUGUUACAGGAAGUUUCAUACAGUGGGUGCAUUACACAGUAUAGCUUCUUUGCAGUUUUUGCCACCACUGAGAUGUUUCUCCUGGCUUCAAUGGCAUAUGACCGCUAUGUGGCCAUUUGUAACCCAUUGCUGUACACUGUCAUCAUGACCAAAAAGGUCUGCCUACUGUUAAUAGCUGGGUCAUAUUUGGGAGGUAUUGUAAAUUCUCUGAUUCAUACCUAUGGCUUGUUGAGAUUGUCGUUUUGCAGCUCCAAUGUCAUCAACCACUUUUUCUGUGAUCUCCCCCCUCUCCUAAAACUCUCCUGUAGUGAUAUCAAUCUCAACAAUACCCUUGUUUUCAUUUUUGGCACUUUAUUUGAGGCAACCACUUCUAUAGCUGUUAUUGUUUCGUACUUUUUCAUCGUUGUCACUGUGCUGAAGAUCCGCUCUGCCAAGGGCAGGCAAAAAACUUUCUCCACCUGUGCCUCCCACCUCACAGCUGUGUUCACGUUUCAUGGCACAAUUCUGUUCAUGUAUUUCUGCCCCAGGUCCAGCUAUUCACUGAGUACUGAUAAAAUAGUUUCUGUUUUCUACACAGGGGUCAUUCCUAUGCUGAACCCCCUGAUCUACAGCUUGAGAAACAGUGACGUGAAAUGUGCUGCAAGGAAACUGUUGAAGAGGGAGGUCUUUACAUGCUGA